GACACGAUUGCUCCGUACAUGAUUCGGAGAAUGAAGGCUAGUGUUCAGCAUCACAUUCAGUUGCCGACGAAGAAUGAACAGGUGCUAUUUUGCAAACUGACUGAUCGCCAAAGGGAACUCUACCUUGAAUAUUUGAAUUCGCGAGAAGCAAAAUCGAUUUGGCAAGGGAUGCAGAAACCGUUUGUUGGGUUGACGAUUUUGAGAAAAAUCUGCAAUCAUCCGCAUUUGUAUGACGGUGGGCCGAAACACUUCGGCGAAGUGAAUCAAAUGAGUUUGCCGGAAUCGGAACGAUUCGGGUACUGGAAAUUGUCGGGGAAGAUGGUGGUUUUGGAGUCGUUGUUGCGCAUUUGGAAGAAGCAGAACCACAAAGUACUGCUAUUCUCGCAGAGUCGCCAG